AUGUUUAAAAUCCUGGUUGUUGCUUGGCUGAGCGCACUGGUACAAGAUGUGCAGUUUGCUGACGUUGUGCUGUCCUGCUCCUUCAUUGAGGACGGAGGUACGAUGACCGGGUCUCACUUCGCUCGCACUCCUGCCACUCUGGUCCUGAAGGACCUUCCCAUGAGCUCUGACCUCGCACCGGAAGCCAUAACUCCCUACAUCCCUCCAAAAACCCCGAACGCUGAUGAUCUGAUAUUUGAAGUGAAAGCGUCGUCGGUGGAGAUCCCUGAAGCCGAGGCUCUCCUCCACGCUGACUGCAAUGAGCAGGAAGUGAUCUGUGAGCUGAGCCGUUACAAUCCUCGAGGCACCACGCCCGAUUCCUUACCUGCUUAUUUCAUCGGCUCGGUUCAGCUGGAAGGAGACGGGGUCAGCCACACCCUGGUUCUGCAGACGAUAGCCGAUGAGGAAGCGGAGUCCAACGCCGCAUCACUAACACAGAGCAAACUUCAGCUUCCUCUUAGCGACUGGGGAACUCUGAUGACGAACGCCGUCUUUGUGGUGUUCACUCGCUCUCCGUCCGUCGCGGCUCAUCUGGGAGAGGACGUCGUGUUAGACUGUGGUUAUAAACAAAGGGACGUCCCCACGGAGCGACGUGUGGAGCUGGAGUGGCGCUGGCAGCACAGAGGGCACGGACGGACAGUCCUGCUCAUGAAAGCCAGUGAGACGGAGACCGAGAACGGAACACCAGUGCAAAUGUCGCGAGAGGGAGUGAGUACCGACUCCACCCUGCUGGUGAAAGAAGGAAACGCGUCUCUGACCAUGAAGAAGUUGGCGGUUUCGGACGAGGGCACGUACAUCUGCACCAUUAACUCCGGACCCUUCCAGACUCAGCAGAUCGUUCAGCUGCACGUCAGACAACCUCCCAAAGUCUUCCUCUCUCAGAAGGAAGUGAUAUUUCAGGAUGAGACCCCCCAGCAGCUGAGCUGUAACUGCGAACGCUACUUCCCCCUGGAUGUGGCGGUGGAGUGGUUGGCUCAGCGGCCAUCGGAGGAGGAGAGCGUCUCUCUGACCAAGCAGUCGUCUCUCUCCAGCCACAGGCAGCACAGCGAUGGGACCUUCUCACUGUCGUCGUUCCUAUUCGUCCGUCCAUCUGAAAACCCCCCCGGGACGGUGUUCACCUGCAGGGUCUCACAUCCUGCCCUGCAGUCUCCCAGCGACGUCAGCCUGAAAGUACUCGAACCCGAGCCAGAAGCAGGUGAAUACUACUGGAUGAUCCUGAUCACACUGGUGCUGUCAGUGAUGUUUUUAUAUCAAGCAUCAAGAUAGGUACUGAAGACAGGAACCUUGGAAGCAAAAACUGGGUACAAAUAGUUAAACAUGUAGGG